AUGGGGAACACUGGGAUGAUCAGACUGUCAGAGAAAAGAAUGUAUCAAGAGCAGGGGUGCUGCCAAGGGCAAAUGACCCGGAAAGGAGGUGCCUCCUCGGAUCCCCCACAAAAUUACCUGGCCUGCUGGACGGGUCAGUUGAAAGCAUUUUUCAAACCUGAACACUACAACUUCUAUGCACAGAUUUCCACAACGGCUAGUUGUUCUCUCAUUGGGGGAGGCCCUCAGAACAGUUUCCGGACAGAUUCCAAAAUCAUGAAUCAGAACCCAAUUAAGUCAUUUGGGCUCAACGACAAACUUACAUUAAAGAUUACAAAUCAGUGGUUCCUACCAGCUGUUAGAGGAGACAUCCCUCCAGGCUGUGCUGCCCAUGGAUUUGUCUGUGAUGGUACCAGAAUAUUAGUAUUUGGGGGCAUGGUUGAAUAUGGAAGAUACAGCAAUGAAUUGUAUGAGUUACAAGCAAGUCGUUGGUUAUGGAAAAAAGUGAAGCCCCAACCCCCACCUUCUGGUUUACCACCUUGUCCUCGACUUGGACAUAGUUUUUCUUUAUAUGGUAACAAAUGCUAUUUAUUUGGUGGCCUGGCAAAUGAAAGUGAAGACUCAAACAAUAAUGUUCCCAGAUAUUUGAAUGAUUUCUAUGAGUUGGAGCUACAGCAUGGUUCUGGUGUUGUGGGUUGGAGUAUUCCAGUCACUAAAGGGAUUGUGCCUUCUCCAAGAGAAUCCCACACUGCUAUUAUAUAUUGCAAAAAAGAUUCUGGAAGUCCUAAAAUGUAUGUUUUUGGCGGAAUGUGUGGUGCUCGCCUGGAUGACCUAUGGCAGCUUGACAUAGAAACUAUGUCAUGGUCAAAACCUGAAACUAAAGGAACAGUGCCACUUCCACGAAGCCUUCAUACAGCUAGCGUUAUAGGAAACAAGAUGUACAUUUUUGGUGGAUGGGUUCCACACAAGGGGGAAAAUACUGAAACUUCUUCACCUCAUGAUUGUGAAUGGAGAUGUACCAGUUCAUUUUCUUACCUAAAUCUAGAUACAGCAGAGUGGACCACCCUAGUAUCUGAUUCUCAGGAAGAUAAAAAAAAUUUAAGACCAAGACCAAGAGCUGGGCACUGUGCUGUUGCAAUUGGGACACGAUUAUAUUUUUGGAGUGGAAGAGAUGGCUACAAAAAGGCACUAAAUAGUCAAGUUUGCUGCAAGGAUCUUUGGUAUCUUGAUACUGUUGGAUUUAGAGAUGCCUUUCCAAAGAAUAGAAUCAACGAUACAGUAAACAGUGCAAAACCUGAACAUACAUCUAUGAAAGGAACUUCAGUGAAAAACAAACCAGAUUUCAAAACGACAGAUUCUAAUGCCAUUUUACAUCCGUCGUUGGCAUCUAAUGCUUCUAAUCACAGUAGUUUUAUGGAUAUGCUCAAGAAAAAUGAAGGUCCUCGCACUUCAACAAAUGUAGGUGCACUAAGUAGUUGCCUGGACUUGAGAACAGUAAUCCCUGAGACUUCCAUAUCCAGUACUGCUUCCAGCGCACAAACUAUGGUAACCCAGCAGACCAUUAAAACUGAGUCAUCCAGUACAAAUGGGGCACUUGUUAAAGAUGAAACUUCACUAACAACAUUCAGUACGAAAUCUGAAGUUGAUGAAACAUGUGCUCUGCCUGCAACCAAGAUCAGCCGUGUAGAGGUGCACGCCACAGCAAUGACGUUUUCUAAAGAGACUCCCUCAAAUCCAGUGGCCAUGGUGAAAGCAGGAGAAAGACAGUGGUGUGAUGUGGGAAUUUUUAAAAAUAAUACAGCUUUGGUGAACCAGUUUUAUUUGCUGCCAAAAGGGAAACAAAAUAUCUUAAAGGUAGGAAAUGCAGAUGUACCUGACUACAGUUUGCUUAAGAAACAAGAUCUUGUUCCAGGCACAGGAUAUAGAUUCAGGGUUGCUGCAAUUAACGGUUGUGGAAUAGGUCCUUUCAGCAAAAUUAGUGAAUUUAAAACUUGUAUUCCUGGUUUUCCGGGAGCCCCUUCUGCAGUGAGGAUUUCAAAGAAUGUUGAAGGAAUACACCUUUCCUGGGAGCCUCCAACUUCACCCUCUGGAAAUAUUUUAGAAUAUUCAGCCUACUUGGCUAUCCGCACAGCACAGAUACAAGAUAACCCCAGUCAACUUGUGUUUAUGAGGAUUUAUUGUGGUCUUAAAACAUCAUGUACAGUAACUGCUGGACAACUGGCAAAUGCACAUAUUGAUUAUACAUCCAGGCCAGCCAUUGUGUUCAGGAUAUCAGCGAAGAAUGAAAAGGGUUAUGGACCAGCAACACAAGUUCGAUGGCUUCAAGGUAACAAUAAGAAAGCAUCUUUAAGUUGAAUUGUUCUUUUACUGAAGCUGUUGUGAUGGCGAUUAUUUAUUAGUAAUUGGUUCUGAAGCUUUGUCACUUAAAAGAGUAUUCUCUGACUGUAUUUCUAGGAGUUAUGUAUUUGAGUUUGUAAGUUGUUCUUAAAAUGUAUUUGUUCAAUUCUAGAUACAAAUAAAAAUAGAAAAGAAGCAAAGGCUCUCUGAAAAUUAGUAUAUGGAUUUUUCCUUACCCCUAUAGUUGUUUUUACAAAGGAAAGUAGUAAAAUUAAGAUAAAAGCUAGAAGGCAGUAUUACCCAACAUCUUUUCUAAACGCUGUGUAUCUCAGUCUUCCUAGAGUUAUCAAGAGGAUUCUAGUAACUGGUUGUUGUAUACUUUGCUAUCUUAAAUGUUCUCUACGUUGUAAAUGCCUUGUCUUUGAGUACUCCUUCUAGUAAUUUCAUUCUGUAUUAUAGGUGGUACUUUACCCAUUAUCUUAUAUUGGAUAUUUUCAGUACUAAUUUUAGAAGCUACUUGAUGCCUUCCUUUAUUUUCAGUGAGCACAAAGCUUAAGAAAUUUGAAAAGAAAGGCAAGUUCAAAAACUUUGCUUUUGCAUUUUUAUUAUUUUCUAAGAAUCAUGGUACAAUAUAUGAAAAGAUACAAAUAAAUGGUACAUUAUAUAACUGGGCACCAGUGGCUCAUGCCUAUAAGCCUUAGUUACUU